AUGCCACCAAGACUAAGAGGACGAGGCAAGGGACCCAUGCGUGGAGGACCCUCUAGUAGCUCCGGACCCUCCCAUAGGCGUACACCAUCUGACUCGAUUUCCGGCUCCGACUCCAAGGACAAUUGGAGCCACAGCUUUCAACCAGCAAGACACUCUGUCUCGCUGGGGUCCUCACCAGCAGACCCUCCUUAUUUUGGGAUGCCCAUUCCGAUCGAACCCCAUCAUUCUCCUCUCUUGUUAGGAACUCAUCAAUCCAACCAAUCAUACCAUUCUUACAAAUCUCAUCCUCUUCACCAAUCAGAUUCCACUUAUUCCCCAACACAAUUUAAUCCCAACGCUUAUGUUAACGACUUUUUGGGCUAUAACCUUUUAGGACCUGAGGAUCAUUUUUCUCAGGAGAUGGAGAUGGAUGACGACCCAGACUCAGAUUUGCAAACUGGUACACCAGGGCACCCGAUAAGUAUCUCUAGCGGUUCCCCAUUUCUGGGAUCACCGUACAAUGGGCCCGACUCAUUCCAGGAGAAGAUGGGCCAGUAUGACUGGUUUUUCACACCUUCAUACCAUAGCUCACCUGGCCAACCUCCCUUGGAUGAACCACAGCUUCGAGCGGUUACCCCACCACCCUUGCCAGUUGAGGAUCCACCUCAACAGCCUCCUGAGCCUCCAAGGCGAAAAAGGAAUGCUAGAAUGUCCGUACGUGGGGGACCACAGUUUGUAUCUCCUCGUGGCUCGAGUUCGUAUCCUCCUAUCCCAGAAGACCCUCAGUUGGGUGAGUCAUCACGCACGGUGACGGAAGUUAACCUUCCGUCGGUUUCACACGCACCAUUUCAGCCACCGUUGGGUUUCGACAACCCUAUCCCGACAUACCCAGGAUCAUCUGGGUAUAACCCGUCUGGAUACCCAUCCGACUAUGGGACUCAGGAUCCGUAUCAUACACCUGCCCAAUACCAUCAUCAUUACCCUUCGUCUUACCCUCCACUCUAUCCUACUAGAUACCCGGCGCAGGAUUCUCAAUACCCGCCAUAUCAACAACCUCCUUCGUAUCAGCAGCAGCAGACUUAA